CUACAUGGGCGCGCUGAAUAGGGUCCAAAGUAGUGAGUGUACGCCCUAUGUGUAGUGCACUCCAUGUCCGACAGGAAGCCGUUUAAGAUUUAGCCAACGGCAUCGCUCGAGCUUAGCAGCAAAGCAUCUGUUAGAGCAAACCUGUCAAAGUUAUGUUUGAUGAGAGCUAACGUAUCAAGACUCGGCGUUUAAGUCAGAGAAAUGACUUGUAUGAAGAUUUCGGACGAGUAGAGAGGCUGAUAAAACGGUUCUGCUGUGAAAUUAACGCAUAUCAGUUGGUCAGACAGGAAUGGGUGACAUGAAGACGCCAGAUUUUGAUGACCUGUUGGCAGCAUUUGAUAUUCCUGAUAUUGAUGCUAAAGAGGCGAUUCAGUCCGAGUCGGCAGAUCCUGAUGCAAAUCAUAGCGAAUCCGGUGGCAGUGGUACCAAAGAGCGAAGUGGUGGUUCAAAUCAAAGGCCCGUCGGACCCUCGGAAAUCCGUGAAACUUCUCAUGACCAGUCUGUAGUCAGUGUUAUAGUAAAGAACAGCAUCUGUGCCGAUGCAUAUGAAAAUAGGAGAGAUGAGGAAGAAAACGCAUCAAGGCAAGUGAGCGAUGUUCUGGAUGAAGCUGACAGAUGUCGAGCCGGGGGCCAGCUGUCUCCGCAGGUCGCACACAGCCUGAUGCCGAUGGACCCGCUCCUCCACAGUGGAUUCAAGGCUGUUUCAGGAGGAGUUGUGGAAAACGCCCUGCUCUCCAGUCAAUCACAAAUGCAACCGAAAGGCCAUCUCUGGUCCCCUUGUUCUCCUAAGAUAGCCAGGGAAGGUGAUGAGAGCAAUCAGGGUGAUGGUCCUUCCAAUCCCUCUCCAAACUUUUCACCUCACAUGCCUUUACCUGCCUCUGCUUCUUCCAUCUCUUGCACCAAUUUCAUCAGCCUGCCGCCGGCCAAAGCUGAUGAAGAGGAAGGCGAAUGUCCCGCGUCUGCCUUUGCGUCUCAAACUCGGCCUGUGAACAGCAGCUCGAGGGCCGAGAUUAAUCAAGCGUUAUCUGAAGACGAAGAAUCGGAACCAGACCUUGGAAGCCCUCCGCUCAUGAUUCAAGAAAGCCCAGACGUAGAGAUGUCUUCGCCGCUCAGGUUUCCAGGCAGACACAGGUCAUCCGCUGAGCUUCAGCCUCCCCCUCCCUCCUCUCCGUCUUUGCCUAUAAGUAACACUCAAACUGGAGAGACCACUUCUGUUUCUCCACACCCACCUCCCUUGGUGUCCCAGCAGACACCCCCACAGAGCAACAACAUCCCCGAAAAGACACACCCACCCAUACCAGAACUAUACCCGGAGCACAUUAUUGAGGAACGAGACUCUCCCGAGAGCCCUGAGCCAGAAAUGCCAGCAUGUCCACAGUGGAAAAGCUUAUCAUCGACCCCUGAACAGGAGCUAGGAGAAAAAGAACCUGUGCAGGACAAAACCUCGGAGGUUCCUGAUAAGGAGGAGCCUAUAGAGAAUGCAAGGAAUGAACAGGAGCACAGUAAAUGCGACAGUGACAAAGUUGAGAAUGAAAAGACGGUAGAACCAGAAGAAGAGGAACCGUCGGUCUUAGUCUCGGUAGCGUCUGUCGAAAAAAGAUCAGGCUCCUCUGUAGUACCUUCCAGACCACUUAAAGUUCGAAUCAAGACAGUUAAAACCCCCACAGGCAACAUCACGCGCACCGUUACCAGAGUCGCUGCUAAAGGAGCUGCAGCAGGCAUCUCCAAGGGCCCCGACGGGUCGAAAAUUCCAAUAGGAGGUCGUAAGGCGAUCACCAGGCCUAAGAGACCUGCAGCAGCCAUGUCAGGUCAGGCUCCGGACUCAAAGACUACAAUGCUGCCAGUGUCAACCUUACAGGAUGCCAGCUCAGCCAUGCUGUUUGCAGCCAGCAAGGCACAGAAAGUGGCGUCUAAUGUCACAAAGACAUCCACUUCACCAUCUGUUUCAUCUUCAUCCUCGUCCUCCUCUGCCAUUAGUAUUUGCUCGAUUGGUCAGAAGACAGUUGCUGUACCCUCCACUAAGCCAGCAACCAUUGUAAACAGUCCCGGAGCUGUGAUCUCCCGCAGCCAGUCGAGCCUGGUGGAGGCGUUCAACAAGAUUCUCAACAGUAAGAACCCGCUGCCCAGCUACCAGCCAGACCUCUCCAUACUGCCUCGUCCCGAGUGGGGCCUUGGCGUGCCUGCUUCAGGUUACCGCUGCCUGGAGUGUGGGGAUGCAUUUGCUUUGGAGCGCAGCCUGGCGCGCCAUUACGAUCGUCGCUCCUUGCGCAUCGAGGUGACCUGUAACCUCUGCACGAAGCGGCUGGCCUUCUUUAACAAGUGUAGCCUGCUGUUGCACGCUCGUGAGCACAAGGAGAAAGGACUGGUCAUGCAGUGCUCACACCUUGUCAUGAGACCUGUCAGUGUGGAACAGAUGAUUGGCCAACAGGAUACCGUACCCAUAGGUGUGCUUACUCCUCCUCCAUCUCUGCUGGCCUCCUCUUCCUUGACUGGUUCCUGUGAUAAUUGGUGCCCAGAGUGUAAGAAUUCAUUUGGCUCAAAAGAGAAACUAGCCGCACACUUCCAGGAAUCAGAUCCGGGGGGAAUAGACACAUGCUGUAUGCAGUGCUCUCCUCCAAUGCCUCUAUGGAACGCCUGCAGUGCUGCUGCCCACCAGCGACUCCACAAGAAACUCCACCCUCUCGUCUGCCCCGAGUGCGGAACCGUCUGUCAGUCACACGGUCUAAACACGCACGUGCGCCGAGCCUGCCUACAUUACACACGCCAGCUGGGAUACAGGUGUCCCUGUUGUCAGCUGGUGUUUGGAGGUGUGAAUAGUUUGAAUGCGGUAAAGAAUCACAUGCACACGGCUCAUUCUGAAGUCUUCCACAAAUGCCCCUCGUGCCCCAUGGCCUUCAAAUCUGCUUCCAGCGCUGACACUCACAGUAGCACCCAGCACCCUCAGCUCUCAGAGAAAGCCAAGCAGUCCAAGGAGAUAUAUAAAUGUGUGAUGUGCCGGACCGUUUUUACCCAAAAAGCCCUGCUCAACGUCCAUUUUGACACUCAUCUAGUGACGCAGAAGGUCAACGUGUUUAAAUGUCCAGAUUGCCACAAGCUGUUUACACAGAGGACGUCCCUCCUGGAGCAUGUGAAGGCUUCACACAGGAAGUCAGCAGCUCAUCUGACUCCGAAGGGCUCGGUGAAGAUGGAGAGCUCAGACGGGGAGGAGUGGAGAAAAGAAGAAGAUGAGGAUGGAGCAGGAUAUCCAGGAGGAAAAGAGAGCUCUGCUUCUCUCAACCUCCAGAGCUGGAGCUGCUCGGAGUGUCAGACGAGCUACACAGACAAAGAGAGUUACAUCACCCACAUGGCCAAACAGCAUAAAAAGGAGCUGAAGCGGUUCCCGUGCACCCUGUGUGAAGGUUCCUUCUCUUCCUCAUCAAGUUUGAGACGCCACUUCCGGGUCAAACACAAAGGCAUCAAGAGGUCUCUGUACUGCCAGUUAUGCACUGGGAGCAAAAAGAGUUUUAGCAGUAAGCUGGUCCUAGAAAAACAUAUGCAGAUUCAUCAUGGAGGACAAAGAGCAGCAAACAGUCAAAGACAGGUGAGUUCACGCUUCACUGACCCAGCUGAUAGCUCCUCCGAGCAAGAUGGAGCCCUCACCACGGCGACUCCAGAAGAAAAUAAUAACACGGAUCAUUUCAGCUUUGUUCGAAACAGGAGAGGAGGAUCUGCUCAGGAGCAGGACACUGAGGGUUUCCGUUGCAUGCCAUGCGGCUUCGUUUCUGAAGACAAGGAGGAGUUUUUGCACCAUAUCCAGAGUCACCGUGGCGAAGGGGGCAAGGGUGUGCAAUGUCAGCAGUGUGGGGCAUGCUUUACGUCGGCCUCCUCCCUUGCCCGCCAUCGCUUCAUCAGUCAUCGGGUACGAGAUGGCGACGAGCAGCGCGAGAAUACGAACCAUGAUGCUGCGGAAGGGGCGGAGUCUCCGGGGUCACCGACUCCGGCAGAGGAAGGGGACGGCAGGCUUAGCUGCAAAGUGUGUAGACGGCACUUUAGCAAAGCUGCUGACCUUAACACACAUUUCCGCAGUCAUGGAAUGGCUUUCAUCAACGCCUACAAAGCUGAGAAGCCGGCCUGAGAAAGGGGAAGUAGUAAAUAAAGCCGAUAAUGCCGAAAGAAGCGCCAGUUCAAAAUGUGAAGUCUCGCUGUGCUGUGUUUAAUCUAUACACUCAUCUUACGUGCCUUAAUCACUCUGCAUCCACAUUCACAAUGUGGAAUGCAUAUGUAUUAACGCUCCUUGAACAUUUCCACAGUUUGUAGUGUUACAACCUAGAAAUCAAUUGGGCUUCAUCGGGAUUAUGUAUUAUAAAUGUUAGAAUACAUGUGGGAAAAGGCUCUCUAGUUUGAUGGAAGGAAAAAAGUUUUUUUUUCUGGCUCGGCACAAAGUGCUGGGUUUGGUGGAAACUCGACACUGCUGAGCAACCCGAGAACCCCAUCCUGACAGUGACGCAUGAUGAUGGUAGCAUCAUGUUGAGAGGAUCCCUUUACCUCUUGGUUGCUUCUCUGAUCAAUUCCCUCCUUAUCCAGUCACUGACAUUCCUUCCAUUUUUAAUAAGCAUCCCACAGCGCACCAUUAAUGCAUUAAGGUUUUGUGUCUCACAUACAGCGGGGUCCAGCUGUCUGAGACCCCUAGUGAAAAUACGUCUAUUUUACAUUAGUUUCUAAUUUAAUAAAACAACUUGCAUUAGUAGAAUCUUUGAAAUAUUGGCUUUGAAUUUCAGACUUUCGUAGUAUUUGGUACGUCCCCCUUUUUUUUUUUUGCUUUAAUGACCACGUGCACUUGAGCUGACAUGAACUCCACAAAUUUGUGCAAAAGCAUUUGAUCCAUUUGAGAUCAAAUCCAUCAGAGUGUCGUCCGAACACAUGCUUCAGUAGAAGAGAUUAGACAUGAGGAAAAUUUGACUCAACAUGGUCAAUAUCACUAAUUUGCUUCCAUUUAAAUAGGGACUUAGAAAUGGUGCAGCAUCCUGAAUAUUAUAUGUUCAAGAUACUGAACAUUUUUAGUUUCUUUGUUUUUAAAUAUUUAAAAAUUCUAAAACCACCUUAUGUCCAUUAAAAAAACAUCCACAGAUUUUCAAUGUGGCCUCAGACUUUUGGACCUCUCUGUAUACAGUCCUCUGUAAAAGUAUUGGAACGGCAAGGUCAGCUCUUUUGUUUUUGCCUAGAUGUGUUAAAUAACUUUGAGCCUGGCACUUUUUGUUUGAACCCACUUAUUUUUCAAGUGACCAUAAAUAUUGGAACGGGCGACUGACCGACAGGUGUAUCUUUUUGUCCAGGUGUGGCCUGGUAGAUUAUUUAAGCAGUUAAUAGCUCUGAACAUCCACUCUUGGUUUGAGCCCUAGCUUUCACCUGUUCUGACUGCGUUUGUUUGUUAAAAAGGAUAAACCAACAUGAAAACCAGAGAGCUGUCUAGCUGGGGAGAAAAGUAAGCAAUUCUGAAGCUGAGAAAAGAAGGAAAAUCAAUCACAGCCAUUACACAAACAUUGGGCGUUACCAAAACGACGACGGUAUGUAGAAAAAAACAAAAGAAUUGGCUUUCCAUUUCCAAUACUUUCAGAGGAGACCAUAUAUAUAUAUAUAUAUAUAUAUAUAUAUAUAUAUAU